UUCAAAAAAAAGAAAAGAAAAGAAAAGAAGAAUAUCAUUCAAAAAGAGAAAAAAGUAAGCAGAAGAAACUACCACUCGAAAUCCUUGAAUCAAACCCUAAUCGAAGAAUCCAAAUCUUUCAGGUGAAAAACUAUAAAAGAACAGAAAAAGGAAGGAGUAGAUGGAUUUAGCAGACAAGGCCGUGGGGCUGCUGUUAUCGGUAAUCAGCUUGUCAGUUUUCACUUACUAUACAUUCUGGGUGAUCAUACUGCCGUUCGUUGAUACUGAUAAUUUUGUGCACAAGUACUUUUUGCCUCAAGAAUAUGCCAUUCUGAUUCCGGUGUUUGCUCUUGCGGCGCUGCUUUGCUUCCUCUGCAUGUUUGUUGGAUAUGUGAUGCUCAAAUCCAAAAAGAAGAAGGCAUAAUGCAAGAUCUAUAGUGUGUGCUGCAACUACCAUUUUUUUGUCACAUACAGAUAGUUUUAUUGCUGGGUUUCUCUUUUACUUGUAAAUGGAGGAUUUAGAUGAUUGCACUCAGUUCCUGUUAAUUUGGUGAAACCUGAAACUGGUAAUUGUCUUAGAAAAAAAGCUGACAAAUUGCAGAUAAAGAUUAUCUUCAGAUAUUGUUAGCCUGCUCUUGUAAGAGAGCAGUUGGUAUCAUUUUGUUUUGCAAGAUCUAGCAUUUAUCUUUUA